AUGGCGGAUGGUGAGGCUGGGGUGUACUUGAGAGCUGCUCUCCUGUUACUGUGGCUUGGGGUGUCUCUGUCACUUUCUGACCUCUCCCAGGCUGGGCCUUACCAACACCUCAGCAACCCAGAAGUGGUAAUUCCUUGGAAGGUAACCAGCAGGGGUGGAGGCACAAAAGUUCCAGGCUGGCUUUCCUACAGCCUGCGCUUUGGAGGCCAGAAACACAUUGUCCACAUGAAGGUGAAGAAGCUCUUAGUUUCCAGCCACCUCCCAGUGCUCACCUACACAGACCAACAUGCUCUCCUCGAGGAUCAGCCCUUUGUCCAGGAUGAUUGCUACUAUCAUGGUUAUGUGGAGGGGGUCUCUGAGUCUCUGGUUGCUUUUAGUGCUUGCUUUGGGGGCUUUCAAGGAGUGUUACAAAUAAAUGACCUCACUUAUGAAAUCAAACCCAAAAGGCACUCUACCACAUUUGAGCAUCUAGUUUACAAGAUAAACAGUGAUGUGACACAAUUCUCAGCCCUGAGAUGUGGUUUAACAGAAGAGGAAAUAGCACGCCAACAGUUGGCAUAUGCAGAGGCUGAGAACUUAACUUUGAAACAAAAUUCUGUUGAUGACAGGUGGACCCAUUCAUGGUUUCUGGAGCUGGCUGUGGUAGUAGACAAUGAUUUCUUCAUUUACUCUAAAAGCAACUUGUCAAAGGUUCAGGAGAAUGUAUUGCUUGUUGUCAAUAUAGUGGAUUCCAUUUAUCAGCAGUUGAGUACUUAUGUGAUUUUGAUGGGGAUUGUUAUUUGGAAUCAAGAAAAUGUUUUUCCAAUAAUAAGUAUAGAACAAGUUCUGGAGGAUUUCUCUCAUUGGAAACAAAUCAGCCUUUCCGGGCUGCAACAUGAUGCUGCACAUCUUUUCAUAAAAUAUUCAUUUAAAAAUGUACUUGGUUUAGCAUAUGUUGCAGGGAUAUGUCAUCCUCCUAUUGAUUGUGGAGUAAAUAGUUUCCGGGGAGACCCCUGGUCUCUUUUUGCCCUCACUGUGGCCCAUGAGUUGGGACAUACUUUAGGUAUGCAGCACGAUGAGGAAUUCUGUUUGUGUGAGCAAAGUGGUUGCAUCAUGAACACUGUCAGGGUGACAGCAAAGAGAUUCACCAACUGCAGUUAUGCUCAGUUUAGGAAGACCACUUUAAACCAGGGAUCAUGUCUCCACAAUUUUCCAAGACCAGGGGAAUUCUUUAUGCUGAAGCGCUGUGGGAAUUAUGUAGUUGAAGGAGAAGAGAAGUGUGACUGUGGAUCUAUACAACAGUGUGAACAAGAUCCCUGUUGUCUGUCGAACUGCACUCUGAGUCCUGGGGCUACCUGUGCAUUUGGGCUUUGUUGCAAAGACUGCAAGUUCCUGCCAUCAGGGAGACUUUGUAGACAGCAGGUCGGUGAAUGUGAUCUUCCAGAGUGGUGCAAUGGGACAUCCCAUCAGUGCCCAGAAGAUAAAUAUGUACAGGAUGGGAUGCCCUGUAGUGGCAGUGCCUACUGCUAUCAAAAGAGAUGCAAUAACCAUGACAAACAGUGUAGGGAGAUUUUUGGCAAAGGUGCAAGGAGUGCAUCUCAAACUUGCUACAAAGAGGUCAACUCCAAGGGAAACCGUUUUGGCCAUUGUGGUUUAAGUGGCACAACAUACCUAAAAUGUAAUACCUCUAAUAUCUUUUGUGGGAGAGUUCAGUGUGAAAACGUGAGAGAAAUUCCCCACCUGCAUAAGCAUUCUACUUUGCAGCACACUCUUGUCAAUGGUGUCACCUGCUGGAGUAUUGACUAUCAUUUAGGGAUGGACAAGCCUGAUGUUGGAGAAGUGAAAGAUGGCACAGUGUGUGGUCCAGGAAAGAUCUGUAUACACAAAAAUUGUGUCAGCCUGUCUCUCCUGUCACAAGUCUGCUUGCCUGAAACCUGCAACAUGAAGGGGGUCUGCAAUAAUAAACAUCACUGCCACUGCAGCUAUGGGUGGUCCCCGCCGUACUGCCUGCACAGAGGUUAUGGGGGUAGUAUUGACAGUGGUCCAGCAUCUGCAAAGAGAAGAGUUUUCUUUCCACUAAUUGUGAUUCUUAUUUUGACUGUCUCGUUUUUACUGUUAGGUGGUGGGCUUCAUAAGUAUCUUCCAAAACAUUCUGGUGCUAAGGAAGGACACUAA